AUGGAACCUAUACUCAUUGAUAAUUUAUACGAAUUUGGAAAUGAAGAAGUUAGAUUAGGAAUUGAUGAAGCGGGAAGAGGUCCUGUAUUAGGGCCUAUGGUUUAUUCUGGUUUUUAUUGUAAAAAAGAAGAUGAAAAAUUAUUAAAAGAAAUGAAAAUAGAUGAUUCUAAAAAAAUAACUGAACAUGAUAGAGAAAAAAUGUUUUAUAAAUUAAAUAAUUCUAAACUUCCAUUUGCAUGGAGAGUGCAUAUAUUAAUGCCACAAGACAUAAGUGCAAAAAUGUUAAAAAGACAAAAAUAUAAUUUGAAUGAAAUAUCACAUGAUACGGCUAUAUCAAUAAUUCAGCAUGUUUUAAAUCGAGGUUGUAAUUUAACUGAAGUAUUUGUAGAUACAGUUGGUAAAGCAAGUGUAUAUGAAGAAAAAUUACAAAAAUUAUUUCCAAAUAUAAAAUGUGUUGUUAAAGAAAAAGCUGAUUCUUUAUACCCAGUUGUUAGUGCUGCAUCAAUAUGUGCUAAAGUUACACGUGAUUUUUUAAUAAAAAAAUGGAAAUAUGAAGAACAUAUUAUUAAUAUAGACAAAGGGUUUGGAUCAGGAUAUCCAGGAGAUCCAGUAACUAAAAAUUUUUUAAAAAAUAAUUUUGAUCCAAUUUUCGGAUUUCCAAGUAUUGUACGUUUUAGUUGGUCAACUGCUGAUACUAUGUUAGAAAAUUUAGGAGAAAAAAUUGAAUGGUAUGAUGAGGAGGAAAGUAAUAAUUCAAAAGCUAUGAAAAGAAAAAUUCCUUUUGAUUACAGCAAAUUACAAAAACCUUUAAUUAAUAGAUCACAAUUUUAUGCGAAAAAUGGAUUAGAUCUUGUUAGUAAUUUAUAA